CUGCAUGCCCAAUUCGACAACCAUCCAAAGACUACCGUCGCAGAUAAGGAGGUCUAGCCACUCCUUCAGCCACUAGCCCCGAGUGCCCGAGUGCGCGUUUUGCCUUGCCCGUUUCGUCGCGGCGUCGAUUGCAAUUUCACAAGCCAAGCUCCCUGAGUCGGUUUCCCCAUCUCGAGAUCAGCCACUAAGCUGCGAGAUCCCGUCACAUUCCAACCUCCGAACCUCCUCACGCUCGUUAUCCCCGCGACACUCACCACUGCGACCCGACCAACCCCACCAAUUACCGACCCUCCUCUCUUUUGCCCACCGCAACUUUUGCUGCUCUGAGAGAGAGCGCGCCGCCGUCGCCAUGCUGCUCCCCAAGGGCGGAGUCAACUGGAAAGCCGCCAGGGCCCGACUCCCGCCGUCGAGAGCCAUCUGGCAUUUCUGCACCCGCACGCGCUUCCCCCUCUUCGUCGCCAUUGCCGGCCUGAUUGUGUUACUAUGGAGAGGCUUGAGCGGCACGGCCGGGGAGAUGCAGCGAUUCGUCUGCUGGGGGCCGUCAAAGUCGCCCAUGGACAUGACGGCAAACGAGCGCGCGCAGUGGACGGCCCAUCUCCAGACGCCCGUCAUCUUCAACCACCACGCACCCGUCGAGGUGAAUUCGACGACAAUCGAGCGCGUCGACCUCAACCCCGUCAAGUCGACCAGCCGGGCCCUCGUCAACGAGGAGCGCGUCCUGAUCCUGACGCCGCUGCGCGACGCCGCGUUCUACCUCCCCAAGUACUUUGACCUCCUGUCGGACCUGUCCUACCCGCACCACCUCAUCGACCUCGGCUUCCUCGUCUCCGACACCACCGAUGACACCGUCGCCGUUCUGGCCAAGGAGCUGGAGCGCAUCCAGAAGAACGAGGCCGUCGCUUUCCACAGCGCCAUGAUUGUCGAGAAGGACUUUGGCGUCGAGACCAGCCAGGACGUCGAGUACAGGCACAGCUUCGCGGCCCAGGGCCCGCGCAGGAAGACAAUGGGCCGCGCGCGCAACUACCUGCUGUCGUCGACGAUGAAGCCCGAGCACUCGUGGGUCUACUGGCGCGACGUCGACAUUGUCGACAGCCCCAAGAAAAUCAUCGAGGACUUUGUGGCCCACGACCGUGAUGUCAUUGUCCCGAACAUCUGGUUCCACAGAUACAGGGAGAAGGACGGCAAGAUGGUCGACAUUGAGGGCAGAUUCGACUACAACUCGUGGGUGGAAUCAGACACGGGCCGCAGGCUCGCAGCCUCGCUGGACCCGGACGUCGUCCUGGCCGAAGGCUACAAGGAGUACAAGACGGAGCGCACGUACAUGGCGCGCAUGGGCGACUGGCGCGAGAACAAGGACGAGGAGAUUGAGCUCGACGGCAUUGGCGGCGUCAACAUCCUCGUCAAGGGCGACGUGCACCGCUCCGGCAUCAACUUCCCGUGCUACGCGUUCGAGAACCAGGCCGAGACCGAGGGCUUCGCCAAGAUGGCCAAGCGCGCGGGCUACGGCGUGUACGGUCUGCCCAACUACGUCGUGUGGCAUAUCGACACGGAGGAGAAGCCGGGCAAUGCGUAGUGGAAUGCGCAGGUAUGAGUGAAAAAGAGAGAGAGAGAGAGAGAGGAUGGAUGUGCGGAUGAGGUGACGAAGACGCGGGGCCGCGGGGCCGCGGACGCGCUGCAUAUAUACGCUUUUCUUUUCUUUUCUUUUUUUCGUCGGCUUUGCGGAGGUUUUGCUG